UGUGUCGCCACCCUUUCGUGUUAUAGAUAUUAGUAGCAGGCCUAUGGGUUGUUGUGCAGAAAGUAGCCAACCCAUGUGUAUGAAAUUACUUUUGAGAAACAGAUUAUCACUGUAAACCAAAACUUUUUAAACAACUCUAAUUUUAUUUUGAUGUGGAAAUCAUGAAAGAGUUUAGGAUCUUCUCCAUCUGGUUUUUCAACCUGUUGCUGCUGGAGAGCUCAUCAUGUGCUGGUGACUCAAGUGUUGUGAAUCCCUGUUGUUACUACCCUUGUCAGAACUCAGGAGUGUGUGUGAGAUUUGGUGCAGACCGCUUCGAAUGUGACUGCACUCGCACAGGCUUCUAUGGAGACAACUGUACUGUUCCGGAGCUCUGGACCAGAGUUCGUCUCAUGCUGAAGCCGAGCCCUGCGACGGUUCACUUUAUCCUCACCCACUUCCAGUGGUUCUGGGACAUCGUCAACAGCUCUUUCCUGCGAGACACAUUCAUGAGAUUAGUGCUGACGGUCAGAAGCGAACUUAUUCCAAGCCCUCCAACCUACAAUUCUAAAUAUGGAUACCUCAACUGGGAGUCCUACUACAACAUCUCCUACUACACCCGUCUCCUCCCUCCUGUACCUGAAGACUGCCCUUUGCCGAUGGGAACUAAAGGUAAACAUGAUCUUCCUGAUCCCAAAGUGUUGGCCGAGAGGUUUUUUAAGAGAAAGAAAUUCAGGCCAGAUCCUCAGGGAACCAACCUGAUGUUUGCCUUCAUGGCCCAACACUUCACCCACCAGUUUUUCAAGACAAACAAGGAAGUUCAAGGUGGCUUCACUAAGGCUUUAGGCCAUGGGGUGGAUGCGAGCAAUAUCUAUGGAGACAACCUGAUGCGACAGCUUCAACUCCGGCUUCAUAAAGAUGGAAAGCUAAAAUAUCAGUUGAUACAUGGUGAGAUGUACCCCCCUACUGUAUCUGAGGUCCCUGUGCACAUGGUGUAUCCUGAACACUUCCCCCCAGAGAAGCGUCUGGUCACUGGUAAUGAGGUAUUUGGCCUCCUGCCGGGCCUCACCAUGUACGCCACCAUAUGGCUGAGGGAGCAUAACAGAAUCUGUGACAUCCUGAAGGCAGAACAUCCCACCUGGGACGAUGAGCAGCUCUUCCAGACCACCAGACUCAUCAUCAUUGGAGAGAUCCUCAACAUUAUAAUCGAAGAGUACGUGCAGCAUCUGAGUGGUUACCUGCUGAACCUGAAGUUUGAUCCCACCCUGCUCUUCAACGUACGUUUCCAGUACAGCAAUCGCAUCGCUCUGGAGUUCUGCCACCUCUACCACUGGCAUCCACUCAUGCCUGACAGCUUCCUCAUCGACGGAGAUGAAAUCCCGUACUCCCAGUUUAUUUACAACACCUCCCUCAUCAUGCACUAUGGGGUGGAGAAACUAGUGGAUGCCUUCUCCCAACAACCUGCAGGACAGAUAGGUGGAGGUCGCAACUCUCAUGCAGUAGUGCUCAAAGUGGCAGAAAUGGUCAUCAGAGAGUCUCGAGCAACACGUGUGCAGCCCUUUAAUGAAUACAGGAAGAAGUUUAACCUAAAGCCAUACACAUCUUUUUAUGAAUUUACUGAUGACAUAGAGAUGGCCAGAGGUUUAGAGGAGCUCUAUGGUGACAUAGAUGCUCUGGAGCUCUACCCCGGCGUCCUGCUGGAGAAAACACGUCCUAACAGCCUAUUUGGUGAGAGUAUGGUGGAGAUGGGUGCUCCUUUUUCCCUGAAAGGCCUGCUGGGAAACCCCAUCUGCUCCCCUGAGUACUGGAAGCCCAGCACCUUUGGGGGAGAGACGGGCUUCAAUAUCAUCAAAACUUCCACUCUGAAGAAACUGGUGUGCCUCAACACCAAGUGGUGUCCAUACGUGGACUUUCACGUUCCACGAAAAGAGGAGGACACAAAACCAAGAAAAUCAUCCACUGAACUUUAAUGAGUAUUUCAUUAAUCGCAAUCAGUUCAUUACUAUACUGACUGUGGGAGACAUAUUUGUUGUCAAUGUGUUGUAAAUUCUUGUCAUAUUCUCAUUCAGACCAGAUGUAUUGCUGUUGGGGAGAAAGGGUGACUUUUAUACUACAUGUGCUAAUGCAAUGGUUUUAUUCCUGCCUUCAGUGAAUGACAUACUGUGCAUUUAAGCAGGUCUACCUCCA